AUGUCGCUUUUUAAAGCUGCAAUAUGCAUUUUAUGUCAUGGAAUUUAUGCGGGUUUUUUUCCAGGCUCGCAGACUGUGGCUUCCGGAAGUUUGGCAUACAACCGUUUCCUCGGUAACAGGGUUAACAACAUGUACGCCAGUCCCGCAGCUCACCAUUACGGAGCCUUCGUCUAUGGCAGCGCCAUUAGUAAUCACGUGGGUCUACAGCCAAACACGAAUAACUUGAAUUUUCUCAGAUCAAGAGACGUAGCGGAAGGUUUGUGUGCUGCAGUCCCCAAUGGCAGUGGAACGUGGUACGCCAUUUUCCCAGGAGACUGUAGCAAAUACGUGCAAUGCUGGGAUAAUAAUGGAAACAUCCAAGGAACCGUGAGACAAUGCCCUUUUGGACUAUUUUGGAAACAGGAUGAACUAACGUGUGCACCGCCUUCAAAUGUUCGUUGUGAAAUGGAUCCCUGUUUGAACGUUCCCAAUGGAUUCACAUACGGAAUGGGUGGGUCCGGUUGCCGCGCGUAUUGGAUCUGCAUGAACAGUUACAGUGUUGGAUCGUGCUGCGCUCCCGGGACCCGUUAUAUGGAAGGCAUGGGAUGCUUGCAAGGAUUACCUUGCAACGAUCCUUGUCCUCCAAGAAGAUAGGACUUUCAACCAUCAAAUAUGGCCCUAUCUCAAAAAUCUAAUCAAUUAGAUAAAUGUUGACUUUAUUGUUUUUCUUUUCUUUAAUAAUAAUGUCUAAAAACUUCUUUAAAUUUCAUAAUUACAUUUUAAGUUUGUAGUAUGGCAGUGCUUUUAAAGAAAACAACUAUCUGUAAAGUUACAGAACCUACGUUUGUUGGGAAAACAGUAACUCGACUUGGAACUGAAUAAUUAUUAGUAGAUAGCAUUUACUUUUUCAUUAUCCGUUUUACAAAUACUAGUAUAUUAUGAAAAGCAAAUAUAUCCUUUGCA